CUGUGCUCAAGACGACGGGCAUUGACGGGAUAAAAGCCAUGGAGAAACUCAGUCACUCCAGUGUUAAGAAGUCCCUGGAGAAUCGCAUCAAGUACAAGCAUAAGAUCGUCAGGGAGAAGAACACCAUCGUCAAGCCCAAGAAGGUGGUCAAGAAGAGGAUCCAGUACGUGUUUGAUGACGACGAGAAUGAGGAGGACGACGGACCUCUGUUUAUCGGUGACGACGACGAUGAAGAUUACGAAUACGACUGUGCCAACAGGGGCGGCAAGGACACGUCAAAGUCGGACGCUGAGGCCAAAGUGAGGGACAGGGAGGAAAGAGCUUUGAGGGUGAGUGUCUGCCAUUACAAUUUGUUUGAAGUGAGUAUAGUCUUGCCACUAUCCCCUGAUGCUUGUCUUUGGCAGUUCAGUUCUCUGUUUUGUUUUGGUAAUUCGAAUAAGAAUAUGGGCAUUCUAAAAGAGGAAAUUGUUGUUGUUUUUUGGACCACUGAGCUGAUAUCUAUUCCAUUAAAUAAUAUAAUUACUUUUUAAAAUACGUGUGAGAUAUUCUGUUUAAUAAAGUAGAUGAUUGCAUAUUACAUAUUACAUAGAAUAUCUCACUUGUAGCGGUAGUUCAAAGUACAUCAGACCCAAGUUAUGCACUGCCUCCUGUUCUAAAGAUGUAUAUUCUACACUCCCAAUAUGGCUGUCAUUUUUUUUUCGUUUUUCCGCUCAUAAAAGAUAUAGUCCCUAAAAUAUUAAAUUAACGAAGGGGCUAUUCGUACCGGGUUCCAGAAGUGAGAGGUUGAGAUCGCUGCGGCUAUUCGUUCCCGGGUUCCAGAAGUGAGAGGUUGGGAUUAAAAAAUUGUUAAAAAUUCUAUUGUUGGUUUGUAAGACCAAAUGUGGUAGCAAAUGAAAGAUUAUUGAAUGGGCUAUAUGUUUGUAAACUUAAUUCUUCAGUUUAACUAAAAUAAACUACCACAAAUGACAUCCGAACAGCAUGGACCCAGACACGCAGCGCCGCCAUUCGCACCCGGGUACCAUUUCAUUAGACUCAAGCUAUGAAGGAACAAUAUAUCUUAAGUAAAUUAAUUAUUCUUAUUUUAUUUCAGCGGGAGCAGCUCCGUGACCAAUCAGAAGAGAGCACUACCCGUGUGCCGACCACGUCAUUACAAUCCAGUCAGUCCAGAGCAAAAGAUAAAAACUCGGACAUCAAGCACAAGACCAGAAGCAAGGACUCGGAUAAACUUAAACAAACCGGCGGGAAUUGCAAGAGCAACGGUCGCAUCUCUAGG